UAACAACCGAGCGGGAAGCCCGCUUUGAGUUUUGACUGUAACCGAGAGAAUUUCGAAAACCCGGCAAAAAAUUCUCGAACCAACCAUUUCCCCCAACUUCCCUUAUUCCACCUGCUUCCAGCCUUUUCUCUCUCUGCAACUCUGGCCGUCCGCCAUGAGGUGGGAUAUGGAGGUCGAAGAAAUCGAAGUCGUCCUCGAGAAGAUUUGGGAUCUCCACGACAAGCUCAGCGACGCCAUCCACACCAUCUCCCGAGCUCACUUCCUCAACUCAAUUAAGAACCUCCGGCGGCCCGACGCCAAGAAGAAGCUCUUCGGCGACGCCGCCGAGGACAACAGGGGAGCCGGCGGCGGCGGAGGCGGGGGAGGAGGAGGGGGAGGGUACGUCUUCGUCAAGGAGCUCCGUGUCGACGAUAACGAGUCGUCGAUUCGAGAGGCUAAGAGCCUCAACGCCAUCAGGACCGCGCUCGAGAACCUCGGGGAGCAGCUGGAGUUCUUCCAUACUGUGCAGAUGCAGCAGCGGGCAGAGAGAGAUGCAGCGAUAGCACGACUAGAGCAAACCAGGAUAGUUCUGUCACUGAGAUUGGCCGAACACCAUGGCAAGAAGUACAAUGUCAUCGAAGAAGCUCUGGCCUUCAUUGGCGAUGUACACGAUGCAAGCCGUUUCGUCUCUCCCGACAACCUGUACUCAACUCCUGAAAGUCCAGGCGGCGAGAAGAACCUCCUCACUAAGCACCGAGGAAAUAUCGUGGUAAACGUCCUUCUAUCCAGUUUAGAUUUCACCAAGAGAUUGCUUAGACUGGAUAAUGCGGGUGGUGUGCUAGGAAAUGCUGCAUUGUUUGCUGUGAGCAUGCUUGCAUUGCUUCACAUGCAGCAACAACAAGCAGUGUCGAAAGACGAUGCUUAUAGUAAACAAGGACAUCCCUUGUAUAGGAAGAAAGCAUCUGAGAAAGAAGGGUCAUCCUCCGAAUUGAAUGUGAUGUUGGCAAGGGGUUGAAGGCUGCUGCAAAUGGGAAGUUUUUUCUCUGGCUGAUCUGAAUAACGGCUGAAGUUUUCGGGGUGCAGAAUCAGAGAUGUUUUGAUUUAUUCCUGGAGUAGAAGCUAGAGUGAAGAUUACACAAAUGUUUUCUGAGGUGCCCUAUUUUUUAGGAAUGUUAAAUGAGUGUUUUAGGGUUCUUGUUGCCAAGUUUUAACCCUCCCUGAGGAAUCUUCUGUGUGUGUAUAUAUAACAGUACCCCACUUGCUAACUAGCUUUUCUUUUGCUUUGUCUUUACGUGUGUGCCAAGUUUUGUGCGAUUCCAGCCUCUUCUAUUUGGUGUGCAAAAAUGUGUGGAAGGUGGCCAAUUGGGGUCCGCUUUGAUUAUUUGAUUUAUUGAGGUGCCAUUGAUGUAACACGAUUUGGUUUGGCGGUUUGGUUGAAGUGAAACCUUCGAGUCUUUUUCAGUGAAUGGGAUUGUUAAUUGGGUUUUGCUGUUUGUUUUGUUAAGUUUUGAAGGGCC